GAUUUCGCCAAUCACGAGGCUACACGCUCGGCGAGGUGUAUGUACGAAAAGACACAUUGAACGUAUAUAUACACUAAUAAAACAGCAGAGCAUUUAGUUUCUAAAAAAAUCUCAAUCUAAAAGUUUUUUCUACAUUUAGAGAAAAUGAAGUUCUCUCCGACCCAGUUUUUAACUUUAACUAUUGCCCUAACUUAUUUCGAGUUAGGAUGUUCAGCAAGUUCUUCUCACGGAGACCAAUCUCAACCUCCUGGAGGACCUCCUUCGAAUAGACCUGCUUCCUCUUCUAAUCGUCCUUCCUCUCCUAAUAGUUCUUCCUCUUCCUCUCAUGGUGGCUCUUCCUCUCAUGGUGGCUCUUCCUCUUCUAAUCCUUUUGGACCUGAUAUCCAAAUACGUUCCAUGCAUGAGCUUAAUCUCCCGCCAAUAGACUUUCCCAGUGGUAUGUAUUAUGCAUAUCUUGGAUUAAAUUCAGUAAAUGGUCGCUGGGUAUACCUAGAUGACGAGAAUGAAGAAAUACAUCGAUUCGAUCCGCUCACCGGACUGAGAGAAACUUUUGGGUAUAUUGAUCGAGUACGGGUAAAUAAUUACGUUUCUGGAAUAUAUCGUAAAAAAGGGGGUCCAAGAGUUAAAAUCAAUAUGAAAAACCUGAAAGAAUAUACAAUCAUGACCUCGAAUGAGAUGAGUCACAGUCCUAUAAACUAUCGCAUAAUAGGUGAAUUUAAAGUGCAAAAAUAAGUGCGUGACUGUAUCAAUACGUAUCAUACAACUUACUUAAAAAAUCAAGUACAUUGCGAAAAAUUUGAAUCAGUUUCUUUUUGUGAACCAAAUAAUUAAAACGUUGUAGGAUAAUUUUCUGACUAUUAACUACAAAUUAAAAUGAAUUCGACGUUUGUAUAGA